AUGGCGGGCCGGCCUAAGGCCCCCGCCUCGCAGCCGCCGGACCCGGACGGAGCGGCGCCCAAUGUGGUGGCGCGCGUCUCGAAAUGGGCGGACGACCACCUGCGCCUCGUCCGGGUAUCAAAGCAUUAUGUAUUGAACAUCAGCACCGUAAUGGCCAUAGCUGGAAUAAUGUUACUUCUAAGAAGUAUUCGGAUGACAUCAAAAUUUACAAGUUCUUCAGAUAUUCCAGUAGAAUUUAUAAGAAGGAAUGUUAAACUACGUGGACGAUUACGCCGAAUAACUGAGAAUGGUUUAGAAAUUGAGCAUAUUCCCAUUGCUUUACCUAUUAUAACUUCAUGGAAAAAAGAGCCAUGUGGUGUUUUGCUGGUUAAGCUGGCAGGAGUAGAACUCACUGAAACCGGGAAGGUGUGGUUACAAAAAGAGUUAAAACCUUCCCAGCUGGUAUGGUUUCAACUUCUUGCAAAGGAGAAUUCAGCACUUAUUUGCUAUCUUCUAGUGAAUAAGGGUAGAUAUUUUAGUGUGAGUCUGAAUGAAGAAAUUUUGAGAAGAGGCCUUGGCAAAACUGUUCUUGUUAAAGGGCUAGAUUAUGAUUCUAAAAUCUAUUGGACAAUUCACAGAAACUUACUUAAAGCUGAAUUAACAGCGUUAAAAAAAGGAGAAGGAAUAUGGAAGGAAGAAUAUGAAAAAGAAAGUUAUUUGGAAAAAUUGAAAGGCUCCUGGAGAGAAAUAUGGAAAAAAGACAAUUAUUUAAAAAAAAUUGGAUCAGAUUUCAAUUUGAAAAAUGAAAGUUAUUAUGACAAACUUAGAAGGACUUAUGAAACAUGGAAAGACCACAUAAAUAACUACUCCUUAAUACUGAAGUUCAGAGAACUUAUGAAUCGCAUACACUUUCGUAGAAAAGGGUGA